UCAAAGAUGGCCGCCCUGUUGUUUUGAUGAAUAAUACUUGGUGGGGCGAGGGGGUAAGAGUAGGGGUGGAGGGGUAGGAGGAUUUACUCUUCCGUCCAGAGCAUCGCGAGUCCCGUCCUCCCCCUCCCCCCUGCCCGGGCUCCGGCGUGGAGGCGGGGCGUGGCCGGCCUGCUUUGGGAGGGGAGGGGCUUCCCUCUUCAGUGCUGGGCUCUGCCUCGGCGGCUCUGGGGUCCCCUUCCUCGGGGCAUCCGUUCUGCAGUCCAACAGUUCCCGCCAGGGGCAAAGGGUAGGAAGGAGAGCAGGAUCUGCUGGAGGAAGCACACCUGCCGUGCCACCGCCGCGAAGACACAGCAGGCUCAGGGCACGAGACGAGCUGGAGACCCGAGCCCCUGGUCCGGGUAACCUGGGAAGCCGAGGGCAAUAGUGGCGCCUUAAGAUAACCCUGUAGCAGCAGCAGUGGCGGCCAAAGGAGGCUCCUCGGGGCACAAGCGGCUGUAGGAGUCUCUGGGGCGAUUGGAGUGACCGACGCCAGGGCGGUUCAGUGCCUCUCGUGUUCUUAUUUUUUAACCUCUGACUAUGCAAUUCUGAAACCUCCCCCAUUCGGGGGACCAGACAGCCCGAUAGACACCUUCCACCCUCCUCCCGCCCUGGUCACAAGAACAGAAGGAUCUCUCCCUAACGCCUUUCACCAUUAAGAGAAAAGCGAUGGAGGAGCUGAGCGCUGAUGAGAUCCGACGGAGGCGCCUCGCACGACUUGCUGGUGGACAGACCUCCCAGCCCACCACCCCGCUCACCUCGCCCCAGAGGGAGAACCCGCUGGGGCCUCCCAUAGCAGCAUCAGCCCCGGGCCCCUCCCAGAGCCUUGGUCUCAAUGUCCACAACAUGACCCCAGCUACCUCCCCAAUAGGUGCAUCAGGAGUAGCUCAUCGAAGCCAGAGCAGUGAAGGAGUCAGUUCUCUCAGCAGCUCGCCCUCCAAUAGCCUUGAAACCCAAUCUCAGUCUCUCUCACGUUCCCAGAGCAUGGAUAUCGAUGGUGUCUCUUGUGAAAAAAGCAUGUCCCAGGUGGAUGUGGAUUCAGGAAUCGAAAAUAUGGAGGUUGAUGAAAACGAUCGGAGAGAAAAAAGGAGCGUCAGCGAUAAGGAGCCUUCAUCAGGUUCUGAAGUGUCCGAAGAACAGGCCUUACAGCUGGUCUGUAAGAUCUUUCGUGUCUCCUGGAAGGACCGGGACAGAGACGUCAUCUUCCUUUCUUCUCUUUCUGCACAAUUUAAGCAGAACCCAAAAGAAGUGUUCUCCGAUUUUAAGGACUUGAUUGGCCAGAUUUUAAUGGAAGUGCUAAUGAUGUCUACCCAGACUAGAGAUGAAAAUCCAUUUGCCAGUCUGACGGCCACAUCGCAGCCAAUUGCGGCGGCUCGGUCCCCGGACAGAAAUCUCCUGCUAACUACCGGCUCCAACCCAGGAGCGAGCCCCAUGUUCUGCGGUGUGGGCUCCUUCGGUGCCAGCUCGUUGUCUAGCCUCUAUGAAACGAGCCCCGCUCCCAGUACGAGUUUCUGGAGCUCGGUGCCGGCGCCGAGCCCGUCCGUUGCCUCGUCCCCUUGCCGUGCAGCCAGCCAGCCGGCUGCGCCUUCCGUUACCCUCAGUCCCCACGGGGCGGCUUCGGGGGCCGCCGCGGGGAGCCAGCCCUCCUCUCCACGGUAUCGCCCCUACACGGUCGCCCACCCGUGGGGGCCUUCCGCUUCUGCCCCUCGGCCCCCAGGCAUCUCCACUCUGUCCAGCUCGCCCGGCCGCCCUGCCCUCGCUAGUAGCCCUCAAGCAGUGCCUGCCAGCUCUCCCAGCCAGAGACCCUCCAGCCUGGGCCCACCUUUACUGGCCGCCUCGCCCAGUGCCGCGAGCAGACGCCCCUCAUCCCUAAGGACCUCUCCUAGCAUGCACGACAAUCCUUUCUCCUUCCUCUUCCUCGCGCUUUCUGGCGACAGUAGUGAUGACGAUGAAGAAGAUGAUGAUGAUGGUGAUGAUGGUGAUGAUGAAGGUGGUGGUGGUGGUGAUGAGUUUUCUUGUGUCCAGUUUGGGUCCAGUUUGGGAGCCUCUGGUGGGACAGGUACUUGGGAUUCCUACAGUGACCAUUUCACCAUCGAGACCUGCAAGGAGACAGACAUGCUGAACUACCUCAUCGAGUGUUUUGACCGAGUUGGAAUAGAGGAAAAAAAAGCACCAAAGAUGUGCAGCCAGCCAGCGGUCAGCCAGCUUCUGAGCAACAUCCGCUCACAGUGCAUAUCCCACACCGCGCUGGUUCUACAAGGUUCCCUGACACAGCCAAGGUCCGUGCUCCAGCCGUCCUUCCUGGUGCCGUAUAUGCUGUGCCGGAAUCUCCCGUAUGGCUUCAUGCAGGAGCUGGUGAGAACCACUCACCAGGAUGAAGAAGUGUUCAAGCAGAUCUUUAUCCCCAUUUUACAAGGCCUGGCUCUCGCUGCCAAAGAGUGCUCCCUCGAUAGUGACUACUUUAAAUACCCCCUCAUGGCUUUAGGUGAGCUGUGUGAAACCAAGUUUGGGAAGACACACCCUGUGUGCAAUUUGGUUGCUUCUUUGCCGUUGUGGUUGCCUAAAUCCUUAAGCCCUGGCUCUGGGCGGGAGCUGCAGAGACUCUCUUAUUUGGGGGCUUUCUUCAGUUUCUCAGUCUUCGCAGAAGAUGAUGCUAAGGUGGUUGAGAAAUAUUUCUCAGGGCCUGCCAUUACCCUGGAAAACACUCGCGUGGUUAGCCAGUCACUGCAGCACUACUUGGAGCUGGGAAGGCAAGAGCUCUUCAAGAUUCUGCAUAGUAUUUUGUUAAAUGGUGAAACCCGCGAGGCGGCUCUCGGGUACAUGGCAGCUGUGGUCAAUGCCAAUAUGAAGAAAGCGCAGAUGCAGACAGAUGAUAGAUUGGUAUCUACAGAUGGAUUCAUGCUCAAUUUCCUUUGGGUGCUGCAGCAGCUAAGUACAAAGAUCAAGUUAGAGACGGUGGAUCCCACGUAUAUAUUCCACCCAAGGUGUCGGAUUACUCUUCCUAAUGACGAGACGAGAGUGAACGCGACUAUGGAGGAUGUGAACGACUGGCUGGCUGAACUUUAUGGAGAUCAGCCUCCAUUUUCUGAGCCGAAAUUCCCUACGGAAUGCUUUUUUCUUACCCUGCACGCCCACCACCUCUCUAUUCUGCCAAGUUGCCGUCGCUACAUCCGCAGACUCCGGGCCAUCCGGGAGCUCAAUAGAACCGUGGAAGAUUUGAAGAAUAACGAAAGCCAGUGGAAAGACUCCCCGCUGGCCACGAGACACCGCGAGAUGCUGAAGCGCUGCAAGACUCAGCUUAAGAAACUGGUACGGUACAAGGCCUGUGCUGACGCUGGUUUACUUGACGAGAGCUUUCUGAGAAGAUGUCUGAAUUUUUACGGCCUUCUCAUCCAGCUGCUGCUCCGUAUCCUGGACCCCGCCUAUCCCGACAUAACACUGCCUUUAAAUCCAGAUGUCCCCAAGGUUUUUGCAGCAUUGCCUGAGUUUUAUGUAGAAGAUGUUGCUGAAUUUUUAUUUUUUAUUGUACAAUACUCUCCUCAGGUGCUUUAUGAGCCCUGUACUCAGGACAUUGUGAUGUUCCUCGUUGUGAUGUUGUGUAACCAGAACUAUAUCCGAAAUCCAUAUCUGGUGGCCAAACUAGUAGAAGUCAUGUUUAUGACCAACCCUGCUGUUCAGCCACGAACCCAGAAGUUUUUUGAAAUGAUUGAAAACCAUCCUCUCUCCACCAAAUUGUUGGUCCCUUCACUGAUGAAGUUUUAUACAGAUGUGGAGCAUACCGGAGCCACCAGCGAGUUCUACGACAAGUUUACCAUUCGCUAUCACAUUAGCACCAUUUUCAAGAGCCUUUGGCAAAACAUAGCUCACCAUGGCACCUUCAUGGAGGAAUUCAAUUCGGGGAAGCAGUUUGUGCGCUACAUAAACAUGCUGAUAAAUGACACGACGUUUUUGCUCGAUGAAAGUCUGGAGUCUCUGAAGCGGAUCCAUGAAGUGCAAGAAGAGAUGAAGAACAAAGACCAGUGGGACCAGCUGCCCCGGGAUCAGCAGCAAGCCCGUCAGUCCCAGCUUGCUCAGGACGAACGUGUUUCACGCUCCUAUCUCGCCCUGGCAACAGAAACCGUGGACAUGUUCCAUAUCCUCACCAAGCAGGUCCAGAAGCCAUUCCUCAGACCGGAGCUGGGACCCCGACUGGCUGCAAUGCUCAACUUUAAUCUUCAGCAACUCUGUGGCCCCAAGUGCCGGGACCUGAAAGUAGAAAACCCUGAGAAAUACGGCUUUGAACCAAAGAAGCUGUUGGACCAACUGACAGAUAUUUACCUGCAGCUGGACUGUGCCCGGUUCGCCAAAGCCAUUGCUGACGACCAGAGAUCCUACAGCAAAGAGCUGUUUGAGGAAGUGAUCUCGAAGAUGCGGAAGGCAGGGAUCAAAUCCACAAUAGCGAUCGAGAAGUUUAAACUCCUAGCUGAGAAGGUGGAGGAGAUAGUAGCCAAGAACGCACGCGCAGAAAUCGACUACAGCGACGCCCCAGACGAGUUCAGAGGCAAGCGGACCGCUCUUUCCCUGCCGAAUUCUUUGAUUGGAGUUACCUCGAAACACGUAACACAAAAAGACCGCAUUCUACCCUCUGAUGGACACCCUGAUGACCGACCCGGUGCGGCUGCCCUCCGGCACCAUCAUGGACCGCUCCAUCAUCCUGCGGCACCUGCUCAACUCCCCUACGGACCCCUUCAACCGCCAGAUGCUGACAGAGAGCAUGCUGGAACCAGUGCCAGAACUGAAAGAACAGAUUCACGCCUGGAUGAGAGAGAAACAGAACAGCGAUCAUUAAACCGCCCCCCGUGCCCACCCUCUGCUCGAGGCCAAGGCCAGCCAGGCAAGCAGAAGCAGCGUCGGUGGCGGAUAUGCUGUUCAGAUGUUGGAGGCCCAGCGCAGCGGGAGACCCCGAGAGCCCACCCAGAGCGACCAGACGGUGGAGAUCUGCAAGGUCAUGGAGGGGGAGAGGAGCCCGAGUCCUGUACAUAUAUUUAAGUGACACACAUGGUCAAAAGCUUGAGGGACACACUUUACGAUUGCUUGUGUAAUAAAACUCGUCCUUCUUACGUCACCAUUUGGGGCUUUUGCGACGGAAGUCUCUGAGUGAUUGGUGACAGAUGGGUCUGGACAGCCUCCCCUUCGUCCUUAUUUCCCCCCCUAAACCCGAUAUCCGUUGAUUUGAUUGUGAUUAGAGAACCUUGGACAUUUUGCUGCUAAAGAAUCCUUGCCCUGCUCCCCUCCUGACCCUACUUGCACUGCUGUGGAUUUUUUUAAGAGAAGCAAAAACAAAAAUAAACUCCUUCCCCCACUGGCCCUCCAAACAUAUACUCUGUGAGAGAAUUGUGCCUGCAACAAAGUGUUCAUCCUGGGAUCGUAUUUUUAUAUCAUAUUCACAUAUUUGUUUUUUUAAUUGGUGUUAGAUGACAUGAUUAAUAAAAAAGGCAAGCUAUUUUCAGAAUUUGAAUUUCAGUUUUUAUUUUUAUUUUUUCCUUUUGAAAUGUCCCUUUAAAGUUUUUUUGUUGUUUUUUUUUGUUGUUUUUUUUUUUAUUCUGAACAAAAUGAGAAUCUGUCACUCUGGUCCUUGUAGUAAGGCCUCUGUUAGGGAUCUGAGGAACAGUACAGCCGAGGAAGUGUCCAAGUAUAUCAGGAUUUACAUGACUUAUGGAUUUUUUUGGGGGGGGGAGGUAAGGAGGGUGGGGGGCGAUUCAAAACCAUUACAGGUAUCCUAGGGGGGGGAAAUCAACUCCUCAACCCUGGAGUCUGCGAGUUCGAGGCAGGGGUCGUUUGUAUGACGUGUCCGUUGGGGCUUGGCCUUACCAAAGCAAAAAGGGGGUGCAGGAAACGUGGAUGUGUCUGCUUGUAAAAACACACACAGACAAACACACCUACACGCACACAGAAGCACGAGACUUUUUGUAUGACUGCUCCCGACUGAACAUACUUGAAUUCUUGAAUUUCCUUUGGGGUAAAAAAAAAAGGAUCUGAAACCAUAAAGUGUUUUGAAGAAAUUAAGCUACGGAAACAUACUUUCUUUUUCUUUUCCUUUUUUCCCCCCUCCCCCUUCCCCCCCCCCCCCCCAGACCAUGUCCUCUGUUCAAUUCCUAACGCAAACUACAAUAAAUGGUGAUACACAUUCAGAAGGAA